UGAGCAGAAAGGACUGUGUGAGGGAUGCCUCUGGGUGACUGACACCUCAGCGCUCUUCAUUCACAGCUCCCCCCUACCCCAGCACAACUGCCCCGGGACCACGUCUCGCUCCAGGAUGGAGAGCUCCAUGAGAUUAAUCCUACUGCUUUAUCUGUGCUUCCCGUUCAUUGGGUGUUCGGCCAGACAAGAACCGCAAGUAAUAGACCUCCUGACGGUCAGCGAGUCCAGGCACAUGGCCAGCGUGGUGGAGAAAAUACGGUCUGAGUUAUUAACAGUGAACGAUAUUUACUUCUUGUCGACCUUUCGGCUGCCGGCUAAAGCUGGAGGAGUCCUGUUUGGUUUCUACUCAAAGAAGGACAACACUAAGUGGUUAGAGGCUUCAGUGGUGGGAAAGAUUAAUAAAGUCCUAGUUCGUUACAUGCGCCAAGAUUCCAAAGUGCACUCAGUGAGCCUACAAAACGCCAACCUUUCUGAUGGAAACACUCACACGAUGAUCCUGCGCAUCAGUGGUCUUCGUGGGGACACACUCACAUUGGAGCUAUAUGUGGACUGUAAGCAGGUGGACACCAGCCUGGGUCUGCCUGAAAUGAUGAUCAUCCCACAGUUUGAAGUGGAAUCUGGAGAGAUCCGUUCCGGACACAAAGCAUAUCUGAGGAUGCAGGGAUCAGUAGAGUCCAUGAAGUUGGUUCUUGGUGGUUCCAUGAGUCGAGUAGGAGCCUUGAGCGAGUGCCCUUUCCAGGAGGAUGAGUCUAUUCACAACACAGUGAACGGAGUCGUUAAUUCAAUUCUAGGUGAGCACACAAAGGCCCUUAUAACUCAGAUGACUCUCUUCAAUAAGGUCUUGGCAGAGCUCAGAGAAGAUAUACGAGACCAGGUGAAGGAGAUGUCUCUGAUCAGAAAUACCAUCAUGGAGUGUCAGGUUUGCGGUUUCCAUGAGCACCGAUCUCGAUGUAACCCCAAUCCCUGCUUCCAGGGGGUAGACUGCAUGGAAACAUAUGAGUAUCCUGGAUAUCGGUGUGGGCCCUGUCCACCUGGGUCCCACGGGAAUGGCACCCACUGUGCCGACAUUAACGAGUGCUCCCACGCAAACCCCUGUUUUGCUGGCUCCAAAUGCAUCAAUACGUCUCCUGGGUUCCGCUGCGAGGCCUGCCCCCGUGGGUACAAGGGUAACACUGUAUCUGGGGUGGGAGUGGACUAUGCCAAAGCCAGUAAGCAGGUGUGCUCAGACAUCGAUGAGUGCAACGACGGGAACAACGGGGGCUGUGCUGCCAACUCCAUCUGCACCAACACCGUGGGCUCCUAUAGAUGUGGCCCCUGUAAGCCUGGUUUCGUGGGGAAUCAGACAGCGGGCUGUGCACCAAAGAGAUCUUGCGCCAGUCCGGCGUUCAAUCCGUGCCAUGUGAAUGCCCACUGUGUGUUUGAGAGGAGCGGGGAUGUCACGUGCGCAUGUAACGUUGGCUGGGCAGGUAACGGAUACACAUGUGGGCGAGACACGGAUAUUGACGGUUACCCGGAUGAACCCAUGCCGUGCAUUGAUAAUAAUAAGCACUGUCGGCAGGAUAACUGCCGGCUUACCCCGAACUCUGGCCAGGAGGACGCCGAUAACGAUGGGAUUGGGGACCAGUGCGACGAGGAUGCCGAUGGCGACGGAAUCAAGAAUGUCGAGGAUAACUGUAGACUUGUGCCAAACAAGGAUCAGCAGAACUCCGACACGGACUCCUACGGGGACGCGUGCGACAACUGCCCUAAUGUCCCAAACAACGACCAGAAGGACACAGACGCCAACGGGGAGGGAGAUGCGUGUGACAACGACAUAGACGGUGAUGGUAUCCCAAACAUGUUGGAUAAUUGCCCUAAAGUGCCCAAUCCCCUGCAGACCGACCGGGACAUGGAUGGGGUGGGGGAUGCCUGUGACAGCUGCCCAGAGACCAGUAACCCAACACAGACAGAUGCCGACAGUGAUUUGGUGGGUGACAUGUGUGAUACCAACCAGGACAGGGAUGGAGAUGGUCAUCAAGACACCAAGGACAACUGUCCCGACAUCCCCAACAGCUCCCAGCUGGACUCCGACAACGACGGAACAGGCGAUGAAUGUGACCAGGAUGACGACAAUGACGGAAUUCCUGACUACGACCCCCCAGGGCCUGACAACUGCCGCCUGAUUCACAAUCCCAAUCAGAAGGACACUGACGGUGACGGCACCGGUGACGUGUGUGAAGAAGACUUUGAUAAUGACUCGGUGAUCGACCCUCUAGAUGUGUGUCCCGAGAGUGCAGAAGUCACUCUAACAGACUUCAGGGCCUAUCAGACAGUCGUACUCGAUCCUGAGGGAGAUGCUCAGAUAGAUCCCAACUGGGUUGUUCUAAACCAGGGGAUGGAGAUUGUGCAGACCAUGAACAGCGACCCGGGCCUGGCAGUAGGUUACACGGCCUUUAACGGUGUGGACUUCGAGGGAACGUUCCACGUGAAUACGGUGACAGACGAUGACUACGCAGGCUUCAUUUUCAGUUACCAGGACAGCUCAAGCUUCUACGUGGUUAUGUGGAAGCAAACAGAGCAGAUGUACUGGCAGGCUACCCCCUUCAAAGCCCUGGCUGAACCCAGCCUGCAGCUAAAGGCAGUAAAGUCCAAGACAGGCCCCGGGGAGCAGCUGCGUAACGCUCUGUGGAACACGGGACAUACCACCGACCAAGUGCGACUGCUCUGGAAGGACCCACGGAACGUGGGCUGGAAGGACAAAACCUCAUACCGAUGGCAGCUCAUGCACCGGCCACAGGUGGGCUACAUAAGGGUAAAGCUGUAUGAAGGAGUGGACCUGGUGGCUGAUUCGGGCGUUGUUAUUGACACCACCAUGAGAGGAGGGCGACUGGGGGUCUUCUGCUUCUCCCAAGAAAACAUCAUCUGGUCCAACUUAAAGUACCGGUGUAAUGACACGAUUCCAGAAGACUUUGAGCCCUAUCGACGGAUACUCCUGGAAGGGAGGGAGUAGCCACUAGACUCAAGCCCGACCUUCUGGCAUCAAUACCCAGGAGGUUUCUAUCUUCCCAUUAAUAAGCCAGACAUUCCAGAAUCUCCUGGAACAUUGAUGGACUUUGAUGAGAUUCUCACUCACAACAAAGAGGGACUCCAGCUAUGGAGGCACCUGGAGAUGGGACCUGUUACGUAAUGGUGGGUAUUAAGGAGGUUGCAAAUGUCCCAGGAACCAGUUGGCGGAUUCUUACAGUACCGCAUUGCAAAACCAGCCAAUAACCCUUGCUGGGAAUCCUUACAGCACGUAUUAUAUUAUGCCUAAAACGUUAAUUCUGUACCAACGGGAGUGGGUGGCUCCCUUAACCAUGGCGGAAGUAAACUGUAACCACCUCCCGAAACACGCAAAAUAAUCCAACAAGCAUUUCCAUUUAAAAGAAGCCGGCGACUCUCCCGUACACAGUCCCGUUCUUGUCCCAUUGUGAGCCAAAUCAUUAUUUUUCAAAUCAAAAUUUCUCAUUAACUUCACAAUGUUUUUUCAGUGGGUGAUAUAUAAAGUAUGGUGUUUGUAGAUCUGUG